AUGCCAACAAAGGCUAAUCUCCAAGUUUGCCUUAACCAUGUAGAUGCAUCUUGCCUAUUAUGCAAUGCUGAACAAGAAGACAGUGAACACAUUUUUUUCAGAUGCCCAUUUGCUCGAGCUCUAUGGUCAGCCGCUUGUUGGGGUCUUCAAGUUGACAAUGUGACUCUUACUUCGACAAAGGAUAUAGUAUCCUUCAUCAUGGAGCCACCUGCCUCACUUAUCCCUACACAUAAGGCUUGGAGUGUGUCUCUCAACAUGGCACUAGUUAUUGAUGAGAUUUGGAUGUCCAGAAACCUCAAACAAUUUAGUAACAUUGACCCUGAUGCGUUGAAGGCAAGGCAGAACAUCCAAACCAGAUUCAAUGAAAUUGUUAAAGCCUCUUCGUCAACUACCCAACAUCCCAAAGAGAUAAGUAGCAAGAAUUGGACUCCACCCCCUUCUGGCUACAUCAAGCUCAAUGUGGAUGCUGCAAUCCAGCAAGACUCAGGCUCUGCCUUAGCAGUUGUUGCAAGGAAUCACUUGGGUGAAGUGCUAUCAAUCUAG